AUGUCUCCAUACACUGCCAUCAUCCGGCGAAGUGGCAACCCUUUCGAAUUGGCCACUGUUUUAGUGUCCUGGCUCAUCGGAGGGGGAUACGACGCUUACAUCGUCGUGGGAUGUGCCGAGAGGGACAUCUGUAUGGCCGUCAGAUACAGAACUGUAUGUCCAGAAAUACCAGAUGAAACGGAGAGAAUAGAAGAAACACCUCCACCUACAACGGAACCGCGCUAUAGACUGGUGCCACUACCAGACUUUACCUCUAACUACUGCGUUGAAAUGGAGAAAAAGGAGGCAGCGAAGAGGAAAGCAGCGGCUGACAAAAUCGAGAAUGAACGGCUUCAGAAGAUCGCUGAUUUAGAAAAACCUCCUCAAGACGAUAUCGAUGGGUGGCGUACACACGCGUGGGUUCUUAUCCUGCCUGGCCUCAUGGGGAUCGAAGAACCAUUCUUCAUCGAACCAAGCGAGGGAUUCAGCUACCCCCUCGACGCCAAACGAUACCAGCAUAUCGAAAGCGUUUACAACAAUGAGAAUUAUUACGCGAACAUCCAAGGCGAGAAAUCGGAUUUGAGCCAGUUAAACUACGACCUCAGUGACAUGGAGUGUUGGGAACAUCUUCUAGCGGGAGAGCCCAGUCAUAGGCGCCAACUGGUCGGCAUUGAUACAUCUGACAAGAAAACAGCCGUUGACACUGAGAAGCAUCUAGACAUGCCACUCAGUUGGGUGGAAAAACUAGAUAUAUCCACUGAAGAAUAUCAACGCAGAUACCCAGGCAGCCACAAAGUAAUUCACUACAAAAAGGGAAUACUAGAGAAGUUUGCAGCAUACUCCCAGCAGGAUGCCAUCGUUAAAAGAGUUCAAACAUUCGAAGACUACGCGCUCAGCGUACCAUUGUUGAAAUAUGAGUGGUAUUAUCAAAGAGAAGAGAAAAUGAUAACUGCAAGGUUUGACUACGUAAAGCGUGAAGUAAGGGAAAUAUUUCUCAUUGGGAGGCGAGAUCAUCUUCUCAAACAUACAUACUCCAUGGAUGCGCCGCCUACGAGCGUUGAGGGCGACCGCGUCAUGGAGUUCAACUACUACGCCAGGUUGGACCACCUCACCAAGAUCGUCUGCACUCCGCUCAGUUUUGAGGAACAUUACACUGAUAGGCAGGACAGAUUGCAAUCUCGAAUAAUAAUAUAUACGGAAGGCACGAAAGCCGAACCAAAACGCCAUGUUAAAGACAUUACGGAGACUUACAGUCGAAACUACGACGUUCCAGCCAAGAAGGACGUCUACAAGAAGAUAUUCCACAUACAGGAAAAUACUAUACAAUUACUCUACCAAUAUGAUUACAAUUUCGUCACCAAUGAUACCAGGCACUUUAUUAAACCGAACUUGGCGGAAACUGGAGGGAAGAUUCUAUUUUAUCCUGAUAAGACUUCGGGCUACAUCGCGGACGCAACCGCGAGCCCGCCUCGCCCACUUGACGUGUACUACGCGCUAUGUGAUAACAUAGUGUGGGAGUACAACACUAACAAACUCAUUCGAGAUCGCGAGACGGAUAUCAACGGGUACCUGAGACAGAGAUACAAGGAAUUGACGGAGCCUGUGAUGGUUGUAGCACUCUUUGACACAGAGAAGAAUGAAGCCGCAAAGAAAGGGUGGAUAGAACAGGAAACUCAAAAAGCCGAAGUGACAGAGCGAGAGAAGGAAGCAGAAAUAGACCCUCUUGCUCCGUACCUCGCUCGUAUGUUUGGCUCCGGGCACGGUACUGGCGUACCUUUGACAGUAAAAGAAGCUACUAUAGUCAGGGAGCAGUGCAUCAACGACUUUAAAACUAAACAACUGGCCAGACAGAACCUUGUACAGAAACGUUUUGAUAAGUACAACGCGGAAUACAAGGCGAAAAGGCUUUGGUAUCUAGCCAACCAGUUUAUCCUGACCCCUGAGAAGGAAUCGGCCUACUUCGCUGAUAGCGCUGAACUGUCAUUCAAAGUGCACAGCUUGGAGGUGAGGCUGACUAGACAUAGGGACCUCUCGGGACCAAGGUUUAAGGCAAUGAUGGACUAUCUGAACAAACACCCGCUAUUGAAGGAGUACAACCGUAUAAGGCAGCCAACUCGCGUAUAUAAAAAGUAA